AUGUCCGCCCAAACGAUCGCGUCAAUCGGCAAGUCCGCCCAGCAGAUUCGCGACGAGACGGUCCUAUUCAUCGAAAAUUGGGCCGUGAUGGACGAGCAUCAAAUCUCGAUGCCCGCGUCGAAAUUUCUCGAAGACCAUCCGCCACGUCUCCCGAUUUUCUUCGUCAAAUCCUACAAUUCACUGAAAGAGCUCUGCAAGACCAUUCCGACUUGUGACCCGGUGUUGGAUAUGGUUCCACACGCCGUCCAAAUGGCGAUUUGGUCCGAGGCGCCGAAGAGGAUCGAAAUGCCCGAGGUGCUGUCGGACGGACUGCUCAAAGAGGACGAGACGGAGACGCUCGAGGAGCAGGUGAGACGAUUGCAGGCGGAUACGGAGCAGUACGUCGAGUUCUCGUACGUUUGUCGCGGCGAACUGCCCUCGCUUCACGCCUACAUUCGCACUUGUGCUGUUUUCAAAAAACGCGCGGUGCGGGAGAAUGUGGAUUCGGAUUUGCGCGAAUUGAUCUUCAACCUGGGCCGUCUGGUGAACGCACGAUUGACAAGGUUGAUGGGACCGGAUGUGAUCCCGAGGGACUACUUCGAGACGCACGGAGCCGUUUAUUUUGACUAUUGA